GAGGGGCGGGACGUGCGCGCUCCCGGCAUUUCCGGGUUCCCCGGGCGGAGGCGCGGAGCCGUGACCCCUGUCUCCCAUCCCCACGGAUGCGAACCCCCCGCUGCGCCGGAUGGCACCGGGAAAACCAGCUGGGAAACUCCAGCGCUGGGAAUCCGAAGGGACACGAAAACUGGGAGUAUUAAAUCUGGGAACACCUUGCCUCGACACACUGGAGGUUUCAGAACCCGCUUCGCCCCUGCGCGGCGGCUCCCUCAGAAAAUCAACUCCAGCUCUCCCUGCGGCUCUGGCAAAUUGUACCCUGGUGCAGGAGUAGGCAACAGAUUGAAGGGAAUUCCCGGUUUGGAGUGUUGGGAAACACAGUCUCACCAUCCAGGCUGGGAGCUCAGUGGCUGCUCCUCCUGCCCCAGCUGCUCCUGGGCUCCCACGGGGCAGAACUCGGAGGGUUCAUCAGCGACGACGCUUCCCUGGCCACCAGCAGGUGACAUGUGAAGGCAGCGCCCGGCACCGGGAGCAGCAGCAGCGGAGAUGCAUUCCAGCCACCUCGAUGAUCCCAAGGAAGCCAUACAGCUGAUCAAGAAGCAGCUGGUGAAUGCCAUCAAGGCUCUGCAGAAGCAGUACGUGAGCUCGGACGCCGUCGUCACCAGCGAUGACGGCAAUGCCAACACACUCUGCAGCGCCCUGGAAGCUGUUUUUGUGCAUGGGCUGAAGGCUAAGCACAUCAAGGCACAGGCUGGGGGGAAAGGGAAGAAAUCAGGGGGUCGGGGACCCCUUCCCCAGCCAGUCUUUUGGGGCCUGCUGAAGAGCAUCACCCAUCGGAAUAUUGUCUCGGAACUGGAACAGCUCAUGUUUAUCAACACAGACGUGGGUCGCUGCCGUGCCUGGCUGAGGCUGGCACUGAAUGAUGGGCUCAUGGAGUGUUACUUGAAGCUGCUCCUGCGGGAUCGCUCCCGGCUGUCCGAGUACUACCAAGCGCCCGCUCUGCUCCUGGAUGCCGAGGAGUGCGAGUUUCUCCUCUGCUACUUGCAGGGUUUAUCGUCCCUAACCUUCGAGCUGUCCUAUAAAUCAGCAGUUCUGAAUGAGUGGACCGUCACCCCCCUGUCCCUGUCAGGUCUGUGUCCCGUUUCGGAGCUGCUGGAGCCCCUCACAUCCGAGCCCCGCAGGAAAGCGUCGCUGGGUUCCAUCUCGCAGUCGUCGGGGUCGGACGAGAUCGAGAUCCAGCCCUCGGUGCUGCCCAUCAGCAAAGCCAGCAGCAAGAUCAAGCUCACCUCAUCCUCGCUGAGCCUGAACACCACGAGCUCAUCCCAGCUCUCCUCCAGCCUGGGCUCUGACAGCCUCCCGCCGGCUCCCUGCGCCCGCAGCCCCGAGCGCAGCGAGGAGCCGCUGUCCUGCGACUCCGACCUGGGCACGGCCACCGCUGAGGACCUGGACAGGUCACUGCAAGAGGUGUUGUCCGAGUUCAGCAAAGCCAGGCCGAGCCCGGAGGCUCCGGAGGGACGGCUGGUCCCCAGCGUGCUGGGCUGUUCCCCCCGGCCACCCGCGGGACCCCCGGCACCAACCCCCAGAGCACACCAGGAACCACCCCCCAGCACCAAGAGCUCCGCUCCAACAGGUGACACAGCACCCACCAGCCAUGAGGAGGGAGAUGCUGGUGGCACAGCCAGCAUUCCAGCCCCACGGAGGGAUGGUCCAAGCAGAGGGGAGCGUGGCAGCGGCGAGGGCAGCCUGGCAGUCCGGAGUCCCACGGCUGAGUACCUGCUCUCUCCCCUGCUGGGCUGUCCGAAAAGAAAGAGCUGGAUCUCAGAAGAUGAUUUCUACAGACCUUCCCCAGGAGAGAGCAGUGGGAGCACAGCUGACACCAAUGGAUUCAGGCCCGAGGGGGACAGUGAGGGGCUGGCCCCGGGGCUCGUCAGUGCCCUUGACUUGGAGAGGCUCUCGGUGCCCUCCUCGGAGAGUGGGAAACCCAAAAUGUCCCCAGAACGGGAGCAAAAGGGCUUCAGUGUGGUGCACCGCCGGCAGAUGGGUCUUUCCAACCCUUUCCGAGGGCUCCUGAAGCUGGGCAGCCUGGAGCGGAGGGGAGCCAUGGGCAUCUGGAAGGAGUUCUUCUGCGAGCUGUCGCCGCUGGAGCUCCGGCUCUUCCUGGACCACGAGGAUCGGAUCUGUGUGGAGAGCUACUCCCUGCUGCGCUGCGAGUCCCUGGCGCUGACACACUCCGACGGCCGCUUCGAGCUGGUUUUCCUGGGGAAGAAGCUCUACCUCCGAGCCCCUUCUCGGGAUGAGGCCGAGGACUGGCUGGACAGGAUCCGAGAGGCGCUGCACAAGUGCCGGCCGCAGCUGGAGGAGGACGAGUGGGAGACUCUGGAGUAUUCCGAGGAUGGAGGUGAAGCCCAGCCCAUCCAGGGUGACUCCAGUGCUCUCCAGCACAGCGACGUGCCUGGGAACAGCUUGGACUGGACUCCAGCCCACGAGCCGGAGCUGGAUGCGAUAAAAGAGGCUGUUCUGUACAUGGACCUGGACAAAACCUGGGUCCCUUUCAUUUUUUCCCUGUCCCUCGAAACUCUGAAGUGCUUUAAAAUCAGGAACAAUGACAAAAUUUUGAGCAACAGUUACGGCAUAGAGACCAUCCAGGACAUCCUCCCGGACACGAGCCUGGGGGGACCCGCGUUCUUCAAGGUGAUCACCUCCAAGGCUGUGCUGAAGCUGCAGGCUGAGAACGCAGAGGAAGCAGCCUCGUGGAGGCUGUUGGUCCGAAGGGCCCUCAUGGCCUACCUGGAGAGCGCAGAGGAGGCGGUGACACUGGGUGGGAGCUUGGAUGGGCACUCCCAGGUCGUCCUGAAGAACAUCGUGAAGGAAAACGGCUUCUUGCUGCAGUACCUGGUGGCCAUCCCCAUGGAGAAGGGCCUGGACUCUCAGAGCUUCAUCUGUGCAGGUACAGUUUGGUUUGGAUUGGAAAGGAUCUGAAAGACCAUCUCAUCCCACCCCCUGCCAUGGGCAGGGUCACAUUCCACCAGCCCUGGUUGCUCCAAACCCAGUCCAACCUGGCCUUGGACACUUCCAGGGAUGGAGCAGCCACAGCCU